AUGUCGUCUUUCGCCUUGUUGAAGCUACAAGAAACCAAACUGUAUGAUGCUUUAAAACCAUAUCAUCAGCGGCUGGAAGGGGAAAGUUUCUAUACGAUCCCUGUACCAACCGUCGACGGUGAUUACUCUCUAUCGAGGCAGUUGGUGUUACAGAGCCGAUUGUUUCGCCCCGAUGCUAUUGAAUCUUUUAAGCUUGGCAAGAAUUUGUUGGAUGAUGAGCCCUCUGACGUGGAAACUUGCAUUUCACGAUCAACAUACGAACCACCUUCUCCUGAUUACUGUCCUUCUCCUUCUUUUAACUGGCCUAAUUCUCCUCCUUCUUACUGUCCUUCUUCUCCUGUCUACUGUCCUUCUUCUCCUGUUAACUGGCCUUCUCCUCCUGACUAUGCACCUAUCCUUGACAAUAAUGAAUCCCCUUAUACCUCCUUUCCCUACGAUGAGCCAGUUAAGAGUUAUUAUAGACAGGAUGAUGGCCUGUUUGGUAAAGUUGGGCUUCACUGCUACAAUCUGCAAAAUCGGACAAACCUUGAAUAUUUCUGCCUAGACGACAAGGAGUAUCCUCCGCUUGUAAAAUUUUAUGCAAGGGAUCCAACUCGAGAGUUUUCCAUUUACGAGUUUUCCAUUUGCGAGUUCUUCACAAGGGUGGUUGAGUCUGCCAAAGAUGGCUACAGCUUGAGUUUCAUUACAACCCAAUGCACAUUAUUGCCAGAGAAGGAAGGCUUCCCAAUCUGUGACCACUUUGACAAACUUGCCGUGGAUGCUUUCUUCACAGGUGAUAUGCCCAACUCGUUGCCUGAGGUUACCACCACCAGUGAUAACCUGCAAUUCUACGAGUUGAAAGAGUCAGAGCUGGAAGAAGAAAAGGAGUGGCUUCUUCUCUACUUGGAACUCUCCUUGCGCACCAAUUCUUUCCCGUUCUCAUCACUGGGUGAAAGUUCAUUUGACCUGAAAAAGGUAAUUGUGCUAACCAGAGCAGAUGUGUUUUCUAAGAAGAAAACCAAGUCCGAGAAUGCAAUCUUCUACAUUACCUUCACAUCAUGUGGCCCUCAAGACGGCAUUCCUAUCAUAAGGAAUGCUAUCAUAAGGAGAACAAUGGAUGGAAUUCCAGGUCAUAUGUCCCUUGAAGUCAAGUCUUUGGUGUGAAAGCCACCAUUAUGUCUUAUGUAUUUAAGAAUCUAACCGAUCUUGGUCUUUCUUGAGACUAAGUUAAGAAUGCCUUGUCUUGUCAUGCAAGUGAAGCACCGGGUUUGUCGUUUAUCUCUUUUAUUCGCUUUAUAUCCCUUUUGUUUGCAUAUUUACAGUAUUUACCUAUAUAACUUAUAUGGUUGUUUCUCCAUCUCUCUAUCUAUCUUCUUGUAAGAAAAGGUCAUCUACA